ACGUCUCGGCUCGCCGGCCCAUGCCGGGUCCCCGAGCCCCCGCGAGGAGGCGGGACCGUCCGCAGCGCGACAGGCGCCACGAGGGCAGUUCGGCCGGCACAGGCUCCUCUCCCCAGCAGCUGCCUGCAGAGUCAUGGAGAGCCUGAGUGAACUGCAAAACCCACUACUGCCUGGAAGCUCCGCCCGCCUCCAUGGUCCCUUCCCCUACCCAGAGACCCCGGCCAGCUGGUCCUGCCAGGAGAAGCUCUAUUCCUACCUCCUGGGUGGUGCUGGUCCUGCCCGGGCCCACCAGCUCUUGGACCCAGGGUCCCUGCAGCUGACUGUGGAGGCCUGGUACCGGCCCACCUGCCUCCUGGGGAGGGACAAGGUCAAGGAACCCAAGCCAGGCAGCUGUGAGACCAGCUUCACAGAGGCCAGAGAGCCCUCAGUGGGGCCCACAGAGCAAGGCUCAGAACCUGGUCACGCUGAAGAGGAUGUCACCAUCCACACCGUGUCCUACGGGGUUCAAGAGGAACUGCAGGGCCAGGAGGACAGCCAGGAUGAGGAUGAGAGUGACACCAGCUCCACGGAGAGUGAAAGCGAAGACAACUUCCUCACGCUGCCCCCCAGGGACCACUUGGGUCUCACUCUCUUCUCCAUGCUGUGCUGCUUCUGGCCUCUGGGCAUUGCUGCCUUCUACUUCUCCCAGGGGACCAGCAAGGCGAUCUCCAAAGGGGACUUCCGCCUGGCCAGCACCACCUCCCGCCGCGCGCUCUUCCUGGCCACGCUCUCCAUCGCCGUGGGGGCCGGCCUCUAUGUGGCAGUGGUCGUGGCGCUGUCGGCUUACAUGUCCCAGAAUGGCCAUGGCUAGUGGCCAGUGGGGCCCCACGUCCUGACUCUCCUGACCCAUCAGA